AGUGUUACCGUUGUGGAUGAUCGGCUAACACCGGACCCGAGUUUUGGAUUAGCGUCACAUUUUUUCACUUUUAAACAAUUUAACGAUGUAACUCGGAAUAAAAAAAUUCUUAACGAUGUAUGUGUGGCGUUGAGUCGUCCAUGGCGUGUCUGAUGUGGCCGUGUCUCUGUUGAUCUGCUCGUGUGGAGACUUUGGCCACACACGUUUCCAAAAUGUCCAAAACCCGGAAUGCAGAGACGGUGAAGGUGGUGGUGCGAUGCCGGCCAAUGAACGAGAAGGAGCGUGCUGCAAAAUACGAGCGUGUUGUUUCUGUUGACGUGAAAUUAGGUCAAAUCAUUGUCAAAAACCCUCGGGACGUAGCCAACCAUGACGUGCCCAAAAUCUUCACCUUUGACUCUGUUUAUGACUGGAACUCAAAGCAAAUAGAUCUGUAUGAUGAAACGUUUAGACCCCUCGUGGACUCUGUACUGCUUGGAUUUAAUGGGACUAUUUUUGCAUAUGGACAAACUGGGACUGGGAAAACAUACACUAUGGAAGGAGUUAGAAAUGACCCAGAAAGGAGAGGCGUCAUCCCCAACUCGUUUGAACACAUUUUUACUCAAAUUUCACGAACACAAAAUCAACAAUACUUAGUCCGAGCUUCAUAUUUGGAGAUUUAUCAAGAAGAAAUCCGAGAUCUGCUUUCAAAGGACCAGUCGCGGCGUUUGGAGCUGAGAGAGAGGACGGAUGUCGGCGUUUACGUGAAGGACUUAUUGUCUUUCGUGACCAAAAGCGUCAAAGAGCUUGAGCACGUCAUGAACGUUGGAAACCAGAAUCGAUCGGUGGGCGCGACCAACAUGAACGAACACAGCUCGCGGUCGCACGCCAUCUUUGUCAUCACCGUGGAGUGCAGCGAGGUGGGUUUGGACGGAGAGAGCCACAUCCGCAUGGGGAAGCUAAACCUGGUGGAUUUGGCGGGAAGCGAGAGGCAGGCUAAGACGGGAGCACAGGGGGAGAGGCUAAAGGAAGCGACGAAGAUAAACCUAUCGCUGUCGGCUCUCGGGAACGUCAUAUCGGCUCUGGUGGACGGACGCAGCAGCCACAUCCCGUACAGAGACUCCAAACUCACACGACUUCUGCAGGACUCUCUCGGGGGAAACGCUCGCACCGUGAUGGUGGCAAACAUUGGCCCCGCCUCUUAUAAUGUGGAGGAGACGCUAACGACGUUACGGUAUGCUAACCGAGCUAAAAACAUCAAGAACAAACCGCGCAUCAACGAGGAUCCCAAAGACGCUCGGCUACGAGAGUUUCAGGAAGAGAUUGCCCGCCUCAAAGCCCAACUGCAGAAACGCUCAGGGAAGAAGAAGAGGAGGAAGGGCCAGCGACGAGACCAGGGUGUCAGCGAUGGAGUGGAUGGUGAGGACGGGGAGACAGAGGAGGACGACGAAGAGGGGGAGGAGAGGGGUGAUUAUUGGGGGGACCAACAGGACAAACUGGAGAGAGAGAGAAGAGCCAUCAUGGAGGACCACAGCCUCGUGGCUGAAGAGAAACAACGGCUCCUGCGAGAGAAGGAACGCAAGAUGGAGGAUCUGAGGAGGGAGAGGGAGGCCGGAGAGAUGCUCGCCGCUAAAGUGAAGGAGAUGGAGAGCAAACUUCUGGUGGGAGGGAAGAAUAUUGUGGACCACACGAAUGAACAACAGAAGAUGCUGGAAGUGAAGAGGCAGGAGAUCGCUGAGCAGAAACGUCGCGAGCGAGAGAUGCAGCAGCAGAUGGAGAGCAGAGACGAGGAGACACUGGAGCUAAAGGAGACCUACAGCUCUCUGCAACAGGAAGUGGACAUCAAGACCAAGAAACUCAACAAGCUGUUUGCGAAGUUGCAGGCGGUGAAGGAGGAGAUCCACGACAUCCAAGAGCUCCACAUCGGUGAGAGACAAGAGCUGGAGCAGACACAGAACGAGCUCACCAGAGACCUCAAACUCAAGCAGCUUAUCAUCGAGAACUUUAUUCCUCUGGAGGAGAAGAACAAGAUUGAGAACCGAGCAUACUGCGACGAAGACGAGUACUGGAAGCUCCGCCCCAUCACCCGCCUCGAAGAUGACCAGCUGAUGAUGUCCCGCCCUCUCUCUGCUGUGGGGUACAAACGACCUUUGACCCGACACUCUCGCAUGGCCAUGAUGAUGAAGCCCGACUUCAGAUACAAAGCUGAUAACCUGCUCAUGUUGAAGUUAGACCUGCCCUCUCGUAGCACCAGGGAGUAUCAGGAGCCCGUGAUUGCUCCCAAAGUGGCAGCGGCUCUGGAGGAUGCGCUCAGAGAUGAGGAGGAGAUCCAGGUGGAUGCGUCUCACGUCGGGAGUUUCAGCCCAGGACUAAGCCCGAGUCUGGGGCAGGAGAGGGGCAGCAGAGCGGGCAGCGCCAACAGCCUAAAGAAGAACAAGAACCCCGGGCGUCCGAAAACAGGCAAGAAGUCGACCACUCCCACCUCCCCAUACGCCUCCAGCCCAGGACCCCCCAUUUACCCACAAUCCCGCGGGCUGGUGCCUAAAUGACCCGUGACCUGUGAACUCUGCACCUGCCCACUUUAGCACUGAGCCACGCUGCUGUAAAAAACACUCCCACCAUCACAGGUUUAACUUCACACACAGAGCCAACACUGCAUGAGCCCGCCCCUCACGACACAGAGGACAUGGUGUUUGGGAGGUAACCACGACGAUGUGAGAUCAUAAAGAGGUGAAGUGAGUCCUCCGCUAUUUAAUACUUUGCAGUGACGUCACACUGGGGUGGGGGGUGUAGUUCAUGUAUGUCUAUGGCGGAAUGUUCAGCAGUUACCGUAAUGACCCAAUGCACACAUUAGUAAACUCAACCAAAAAUUAAGAAGGUGAUCUGAGAACCCAAGAAAAAAUACUAAAUCUAUUUAAACUGCACAAUUUCAGGAGGCCGGGAUCAAUCCGAGCGUUCAUGGUCCUGUUUAGGAGUUUUCACCAAAAGUUGAGAGUAACUAACCGCUGGCUAAUGAUGGCUAGCUUAUGGCUGUAUUGUUAUUUGAGAAGGACUUGUUUAACUGCACAAAUCAGCUCACCUGUUGUUGUUCAGAUAAGAGUUUUUAUGGUCAACUUGUGUUAAAAUAAACCUCAGAUUAAAGUCUAACUUGAGUAACAGAGCUUCAGACAGAGCAGUGCCUCUGUUGUUAUCAACAUUCCCUGGGGGUGUGAUGCUAUCAGCUGCAAAGUAUCAAUAGUUUGAGGCAGACGUGGCCGUUUCAAACUCUGGGACAAAGUGAGGACUUUGGGAAUAUGAUUAGUUUACAGAGCAAUGAGUUUUCACACAUCUACAGUGAAUAUGUUUGGGAUUUUCACUGGGAUCUUCACUGGGAUCACAUAUUUAUGAAAUCUCCUGUCACUACCAGGAGCUGAUCAGACCUGGCACAUCUCUUAUUACAUUAUACUUUUAGCAUUUAGCCAGUCCAGUGAUACUCAAAACUAACUUGUACUACUCAGAAUCUUUAUUUCAUAGCAAAACAUAUACAAAUACCCCAUUGUGAACCCCCUUGAGUCAAUGAUAUUCAUAUUAUGUAAGUGUAGUAUUAAUGAGGCUGUGAAACUGCCUCUCUGCUCUGUCUUUGUUGAGCUGGGCUUUGUUGAGCUAAACUUUGAGCUUCUCUUGUGAAUGUUUUAUCAGGUGCCUUAAUCUGUCUCUGCUCCAUUUGUGCAACAUGGCGGCCUUUGCAAAAUCUGCUCACACGAACCUGCUCUCAGAAAAAAAAAAAAAAAAAGUAUUAUAAUGAACAAUAAUAGGUUGUGUUCACGUGAGAUCAGCAAAUGGUAGAAUCGCUGUAGUUUAACCUGAGCUGGAGGUCAGAGGUCAGAAUCCUCAGGUGGAGUUCUCUGUGUAACUGUCAGAUACAGAUGUGUUGACCUGGUUUAUGGUUAAUAUCUCUGUAAUUAGUGGGCCUGUCUACAUGAAACAAAAACUGGCACAACGUCUUCUCUGACAGUUUAAAUGAACAAAAGUCACAUGAUUUUUUCACAACAGCUUCAGAAAGUGGAGCAUGAUUAAUAUGACAAGUUUGUGGAUCCCAGACCAACACUCCCGUAGAGUCAUAUCGACCCCGCCCACGUGAACACAACCAGUUAAGUGACUGCAGUAGUUUUUGUGAUGGGCUUAAAAAAGAAGCAGCUUUACCAAAACAAACUUUUAAAAAAAUUAAACAAACCAUUCCAUGUGAAUCUAAUGCAGUUUUAACCUCCCCUGCCUCACUGCCGCCCCCUGCUGCUGUGAUUCAGUACUGGCUCAAAAAGAAAGACUCCUCUCCUUCCUUCUCUCUUCUCCUCUGUCCUCUUCUCUC